AUGGUCAAACAUCAUCUUAUGAUAGGCACAUGGACACCACCGGGUGUAAUCAUCACAGUCGCCUUCGACGACGAAACCCUGGAGUUGGAGCUGGUGAAGAAGACAGACAUCCCAGAAGAUGAGCCGAUAAGUUGGAUGGCUUUUGACCAUCAACGGAAAACCAUCUAUGGCGCGUCCAUGAAGAAAUGGAGCUCCCACGAGGUCAAGAGCCCAAGUGAGAUUGUGCACACUGGCAGUUUUCCCAUCGGUGGCCAUCCCAGAGCCAACGAUGCAGACACUAAAACGCGUGCCAUCUUCCUCCUACCCGCACAGAAGCCUCCCUACAAUGUCUACUGCAACCCCUUCUACGACUUUGCAGGCUAUGGCAACGUCUUCUCCGUCAAUUCAUCCGGUCACAUCAAGGAGAACAUACAAAAUUAUGAGUACUGCGACAAGACCGCAAUCCACGGCAUGGUCUUCGAUCCUUCUGAAACCUACCUCUAUAGCGCGGACAUGUGGGCAAACAGAGUCUGGUGCCACAAGAAGAAGGAUGCAGAGGGCCGGAUGGAGACGGUGGGAUACACGGAAGCGCCUGCGCCCAAAGAUCAUCCAAGAUGGGUCGAGAUGCAUCCCACUGGAAACUAUCUCUACGCAUUGAUGGAAGGAGGCAACCGGUUGUGCGAAUAUGUGAUUGAUCCUCAGACAAAGCUGCCAAUCUAUACACACAAAGUGUAUCCCUUAAUUCCACCUGGCAUUCCCAACGCAGACACCAUGUACCGCUCCGAUGUCUGCUUCCUCACCAAAUCGGCAAACCAUCUCUUCGCAACCUCGCGGUCCAACUCCUUCUCCCUCACUGGCUAUAUAGCCGCCUUCAAGAUUGCACCAUCGGGCGCCAUUGAGCGACAGAUAUGUCUCAAUCCUACACCCACUUCUGGUGGUCACUCGAAUGCAGUGUCGCCAUGUCCUUGGUCAGACGAAUGGCUGGCGCUUACUGAUGAUGAAAAGGGCGGAGUGGAGAUUUAUAGAUGGCAUGACGAGUUUCUGGCGAGGGUUGCAAGACUGGAAGUGGGAGAGAAAGGCUUUGGCAUGAACGCUAUUUGGUAUGAUUAG